UAGCUGGGGAGGGGGAGGAGGAACGACGCAUGCGCAGUGCAGGCCUACUAGACAGCGUCUUGUUGCCUAGGAUACGGCUGUACAUAGAGACACAGUGAAAGCCUUGUGUUCGCCUAACUUUAAAGCGGCUCUGGUCACCAUGAUCCCCCCAGCAGAUUCUCUCCUCAAGUAUGACAACCCGGUGCUGAUCAGCAGGAACACAGAAAGAAGAUCGCCUAAAUCACGAGCCUUGAAAGCAAUUCCUCAGCAACCCAUUACAUCCGCACCCGUCCCACCUCCUCCAAAGCCCAAGUCUCCUCCUCUAGACCCCUCUAAGCCAGCAGAAGAGAUUUUGAAUGCCAUUCUACCACCAAGGGAAUGGAUGGAGAACAGUCAGCUUUGGAUCCAGCAGGUGUCGAGCACCCCCAGUACUCGGAUGGAUGUUGUUCAUUUACAGGAAGAACUGGAUAUGAAAUUACAGCAAAGGCAAGCCCGGGAAACUGGGAUCUGUCCUGUGCGCAGAGAGCUCUAUUCACAAUGCUUUGAUGAGAUUAUCAGACAGGUGACCAUCAACUGUGCUGAGCGUGGUGUCCUUCUCCUGAGAGUACGUGAUGAAAUACACAUGACCAUCUCUGCAUACCAGACCCUAUACGAAAGCAGUGUGGCUUUUGGCAUGAGGAAGGCCUUACAGGCGGAGCAAGGCAAAUCGGACAUGGAGAAAAGGAUUGCAGAUUUAGAGCAAGAGAAGAAGGAUCUAGAAAGACAGAUUAAUGAACAGAAAGCCAAGUGUGAGGCCAUUGAAAAGCGAGAAGCAGAGAGGCGGCAAGUAGAAGAGAAAAAGCAUGCAGAGGAAAUACAGUUCUUGAAGCGGACUAACCAGCAACUGAAGGCACAGUUAGAAGGAAUUAUUGCUCCGAAGAAGUAACAUCUGUGGACAGGAUGUGUGCAGCCUGGAAUCUAUGCUCAUGCUAAUGCCAAGAAACUAAUACUUUUACCUCUAGGACACAUUUCUAAUUAUAUUUGGCUUUUAUAUAUUAAAAAUCCCUCUGACAUGAAGAAUAUUAAGAUGCCGCUCAUUCUAUAAUGAAACACCUCUAUAUAUAUUUAUUAGCCAAGUUCUUUUGAUGGUAAAAUUGUUCUAACCUCUU